GUGCAUUCGAGCAGAAAACAUUGGAUGUCCAUAUGGAGAAAAUCGAUAAGCCGAAACAAUCUUGGUCGGAGCAGAUAAUGACACCAUUGACACCCACGCCUGUGAAACAACGUGGUUCGGGUUACCCAUCUCCUUCCCCCUCAACACCAACUCUCUAUCGAGGUAGACCAUGGUCUGGAGGCUCUCGGAUGUUGACACAGUCAAUGUCACCAUCGGUUGAAGGGUAUUUGCAGCGACGACUAUCAGAUUCAGAGCGUUUACCCCCAGGAGAUGCCCUGUCUCGAUCCUUUGCUAAUUUUCAUCUUCCUCCUACAAGUAGAAAUGUUGGUGCAGGUAUGCCUGGUCUUGCUGAAGAUGUCGAGGAUGGUAUUUAGAGGAAGUUCCAGCAGUGGGAGGGGCUCGCCUUCUCAGUUGUCACCAAAACUGAAAGGACAGUCUGCAGGACAGCAGCCAAUACAGGGUUUGUCACCGUCGCCUAAAUUCAACCAGUCGACAGUUUUAGAAGUACGAGAAUCUACGCAGAUUUAUCAACAGCAUCAGCUGGAGAGGGAGCGACUGCAGCAACAACUGCAGCAGAGAGAACGGGAACGAGACUUGAUGCAACAACAGUUAUUGGGAACACCACCUUCUAGUUUGGGUAACAUCAACCAGGUAGGGCAGUCGCUCAUAACGUCAUCUCCGCAACAUCACCAGCUAGCGGCAUAUCCAUCAAACAUGACUAUACACCAGCCUCUUCCUCCACAGGCUAGUGUUGCUCCUAGCCCGCGACAUCAGUCCUCUCGUCCUGUCGGGCCUAUACAAAAGUCGCAUACCUCGUUCAGUGAGAAAGCCAAUAGGACUAGCGGUGGGAUUCAAGGUCUAAAUAUGACCUACUCGACCCCAGCACAACCAAAUCAUCCAUCACAGGACACUUAUAUCCAUCAACAUGACACUUUAGAAGCUGGUAGUCUUCCAUCUUCUGCUAGGCAUGAUGGGAAAUCAAAUGCAAAGCCUUCUGGGUCUGUUUCAUCAGGGAUUGGUGGUCAGUUCUACCCGGUCACCACUUUGGAAGAUGUCCAAGCUAUCCGUGCAGUAGCUUUCAACCCUACUGGCUCCCUGUACGCUGUCGGUUCAAAUUCCAAGACGCUUAGAAUAUGUGCGUAUCCAGAAGUAACGGGAUCUGAACAGCAAUCCAUGCAGCCUAAUGUUCUGUACAAGCGCAAUCGUCACCAUAAAGGAUCCAUCUAUUGUGCUGCUUGGAGCGCCUCCGGUGAGUUGGUUGCCACGGGAUCCAACGACAAGGCCAUUAAACUAAUGAGAUUCGACAUCAACAAAUGUAACGCUGAUGGUCCUGAUACUGAACUAACAAUGCAUGAUGGGACAGUUCGUGAUGUGAUGUUCAUACAGGAUCCUAACAGUAUACCAAUCCUGCUGAGUGGGGGCGCUGGUGACUGCUCCAUAUAUAUGACAGAUUGUAACAGAGGUGAAGGUAUACAGAGUCUGACAGGGCACAGUGGUCAUGUGCUCUCCUUGCAUGCCUGGGCGUCCUGUAUGUUGGCGUCUGGUGCCCAAGAUAAGACUAUUAGAUUCUGGGAUUUAAGAACCCCUAGGUGUGUCAAUGUUAUCGGUAGUCCUGGAUCAGACAGAGGAGAAGGAAGUCCUGUAGCAGCAGUGUGCGUUGAUCCGACUGAUCGGCUGCUAGCCUCUAGUCAAGAGGACGGCACUGUCAUGUUAUAUGACAUACGAGGUGCUCGUAUCGUACAGACCUUUUCUCCACAUCAAGAUGAAGUGAGGUCCGCAAAAUUUGCACCUAACUCCUACUGUUUAUUGACUGGCUCCUAUGAUCAGACUGUUAUUGAAACCAGUCUGAAAGGUGACUUAACUAAGCCGCUAGUAUCAUCAGUCGUGGCAGAACAUAAAGAUAAAGUUAUACAGUGUCGCUGGCAUCCCACAGAUCUGACGUUCCUGACCUCCAGUGCUGACAAGACUGCAGUAUUAUGGGCUAAAUCAAAAUAACUAUCUCUUUUAUGACGUUCUUGUUUGGUGGAAUACAUCACAGAUUUAUCACAUGAGUUGUAUCUUGAAGUUUGAUUGGUCAGACACAUCACAUAGUUAACAAAAAAGUGAUUGGUCAAGGUGUAUCACAUGAUUGAAUUUCAGUAUUUUCAUUGGUCAAAUACGUCACCUGAGCAACAACUUGUGUUUACAUAUUUAGUCAACUUGUACUUGAUUGGUCAUUGGUCAGUGCAUUGCAGAUCGUUUUAUGAAUGUUAGUAUACCGUAUAAUUAGAUACUCAGACUCAGUAUGUGUUGCACAUGUCUGACUCCUUGUCUUCACUUUUAUCAAUGUCAAAAUAUAUAUAACUUCCACGAUAAUAACAAUUGUGAUUCCAUUAGACCUGUUAAUAGCCCACUCUUAUAAAAUAUUGGGUCAUAUCAUGACAUUGACUGGA